CGAUGUCAACAGUUUUAUUACCCAAAUAACGAAAUCGGUGAGAAAAAGGAGAAAAUGAGUUUGGCUGUUGCUUCUCCUCACAGAUCCAUGAUCCACUGCAAAACCUCAAAAUUUCGCUUCAAAAACCCACAAAAUCUCUUCGGUAGAACCCUGACUUUUUACUCUCUGAAGUCCCCGACUCACUUCAAUUCAUUGCUUUGCCUACGAGUCCACUCAGUCCGUCCAGAGUCCCCCUCCAUUCAGACCCAUCAUCCCAUUCAGGAACUACUCCCUCUCCUUGCUUUCUCAUUGUCCCUUUUGUGUUUUCGUCUUUUGUCCAAUGUCCUUUUGCCCGAUUUCGCUCUUCGUUGGCAAAGCCUCGUUGCUUUCUCUCGUGAAGCUGAAGCUCGGACCAAAUCUUAUCCAAAACAUCUAUGGCAAGCCAUCGUUGCUUACGAGGAUCGUCGCUUCUUUACACAUUUUGGGAUCGAUCCAGUUGGCAUUGGUCGAGCUGUUUUGUCGCUUUCGGCUCGUGGGGGAGGUAGCACCAUAACUCAGCAGCCUGUCAGAUAUGGUGUAAGAUUUCCAGUUUGUCAAGAUUUAUGCUCUGAGGACUGUGCUUGCUUGGGCAUGUUCUAUGAAAAUUCUUCUGGCUCUUGCUAUGUGCUUGAAAAUGACUUGGGCUCCGUUAUACUGAGCAGUACUGUAGAAAAUGACUUUCUGGGAUAUGUAAAAGUACUUGUUGGACCUAUUUCAACAGAUUCUGGUGGCGACAAUAGUUUUAGCAAUGAAAAGAAUGAGUUUCCCAUAGCAGCUAUUGUGCUCCUACCUUCCAUCGGGUUUUUUCUGUUAGCUGCUCUAGUUUUCUUCUGGUGGAAAAGGCGGCUACGCAGCAAAGGUGGAGAGAUAAAAUUAGGACAUCUAAACUCAGGUUCUUCAGAAGAUAUGGAUGCCUUCUACAUUCCAGGUUUGCCACAAAAGUUUGAUUAUGAAGAACUUGAGGCAGCUACUGAUAAUUUUAAGACCCAAAUAGGAUCUGGAGGGUUUGGUUCUGUAUACAGAGGAACACUUCCUGAUAAAACUGUUGUGGCAGUCAAGAAGAUUUCAAAUCCUGGAAUCCAAGGGAAAAAAGAAUUCUGUACAGAAAUUGCAGUAAUUGGAAAUAUUCACCAUGUCAAUUUGGUCAAAUUAAGAGGAUUUUGCGCGCAAGGGAGACAACGCUUUUUGGUGUAUGAGUAUAUGAACCGGGGCUCAUUGGACAGAACCCUCUUUGGCAGUGGAGCUGUAUUAGAAUGGCAAGAGAGAUUUGAUAUAGCACUUGGAACUGCUCGUGGGCUUGCAUACUUGCACAGAGGCUGUGAACAUAAGAUCAUUCAUUGUGAUGUCAAACCAGAAAAUAUUCUCCUGCACGAUCAUUUUCAAGCAAAAAUAUCAGAUUUUGGGCUCUCAAAGCUUCUAACCCCUGAACAGUCCAGUCUGUUCACUACAAUGAGAGGCACCCGUGGCUAUCUUGCACCUGAAUGGCUUACUAACUCUGCAAUUUCCGAAAAAACUGACGUUUAUAGCUUUGGAAUGGUACUGCUUGAAUUGGUGAGUGGGAGGAAAAACUGUUCAUUGAAAUCUCAGAGUCAUAGCAUUGAGGAUACCAACAGUGGUGGAGGCAACUCCUUGUCCUCAUCAGUGAUGGGAUUGAUUUAUUUUCCACUGUUGGCUCUAGAGAUGCAUGAACAAGGUAGAUACUUGGAGCUUGCGGAUGCAAAACUUGAGGGACGAGUGACCAAUAAAGAGGUGGAGAAACUAGUGCGUGUUGCUUUGUGUUGUGUUCAUGAGGAGCCAGCACUGAGGCCAAGUAUGGCCACUGUUGUUGGGAUGUUGGAAGGUGGGCUUCCUCUAGGUCAGCCAAGAGUAGAGUCCUUGAAUUUUUUGCGCUUUUAUGGCCGCAGAUUUACUGAGGCUUCCAUGAUAGAAGAGGAAAGAAGGCAAAGUGAUUUCAUGCUAUUCCCACAAGCAAAUGUUUCUCAUAGUAGUACAACUGGCUCAAAUGCGUGCCUUUCUUAUAUCUCUUCACAGCAAAUCUCAGGUCCCAGAUAAUGUGAAUGGUUGCAACUUAUGCACCUUGUGUAGUAAUUGUAGUGAAUGCGGGUUGUUUGGUGUUUGUUAUUGGGAACUAAACUUAGUUGUUAUUCUCUGAACUAGAGAUGGCAAUAUUGUGUAUAUCUCCUCUAAAAGAUCCAAAUAUAGGGUGGAUGGAUGGUUGGCUGUAUUUUAUUCACCUUCUGCAAAUUAUUUACUCGAGUAAAUAUUAAGAUCACAUGGAAAUUAGAUGUCCA